AGGUUCGUGUGUACGCUGCAACGAUUUUCAGGAUGAAUGCACAGUAUAGAUGAAUAGUCAGGAUGAAUACACAGACAAUAUGAUUAGUCCGAAUGAAAACUAGGAUACAGUGUAAGUUCAGGUUAUAUAAGGCAGAAUUCAGGCAGUUAGGUCAAUGAAGGGUUGAGAAGGAAAAAUGAAACAGCUUCUAUAUUUGCUCCUUGUCACAGCUCACCUCUGUCAAUCAUCUGGUUCUGGUCAAAAUGGAGUGACACGUCCUAAAUCAACAAAACAAGGAACGUAUCCAUUCUAUCCUCUAAAACCUCUUAGAAGUUUUAACAAAUCUGCUAAAAUGAGUGACAGCAAGAUUCCUAAAUUGACUAAGCAAACUUAUCCAAUGUAUCCUCUACGACCACUCCGAAACUUAAACAAAUCCACCAAAAUGAGUGACAAAGACAUUAACUUUGCGAUGGCAAAGCAAGGUACAUAUCCCAUUUAUCCUUUACAACCUCUUCGAAAAUCUGCCCAAGUUAAUGAGGGAGAUACAAAGCAGGGAACCUAUCCGUAUUAUCCACUUCCACCACUUAGGUCUGCGAAAAUGAAUCCUGCUGGUUUUGAAACACCUCCAAUUUCACCAUUUGAAAUGUCACAGUUUUUUGAAAAAGACAAAGAAACUGUUCCUAGCAUCCCACCAUUGUCAACCCUGCAGACCUGGGAGAUAGAAAAGGAUGAAUUUGACCUCCUGGGAAGAAGACAGGUAAACCAUGAGAAGCCCCAUGGAACAGAUAGAGAAACUGUUCCUAGCAUCCCACCCUUGUCAACUCUCCAGACCUGGGAGAUAGAAAAGGAUAAAUUUGACCUCCUGGGAAGAAGACAGGUAAACCAUGAGAAGCCCCAAGGAACAGAUAGAGAAACUGUUCCUAGCAUCCCACCCUUGUCAACCCAGCAGACCUGGGAGAAAGAAAAGGAUGAAUUUGACCUCCCGGGAAGAAGACAGGUAAACCAAGAGAAGCCCCAUGGAACAGAUAGAGAAACUGUUCCUAGCAUCCCACCCAUGUCAACCCUCCAAACCUGGGAGAUAGAAGAGGACCUACAAGCAAAUCAAGCAAUGGACAGAAAUCUUAAGACUGGAAUAAGACCCGUUAUCUAUGAUGAUAGAGAUCUUGCUAGACAAGAUGUUAUUGAACCUUCUGAAGAACAGACAGCUGAAGCGGAAGUGGAACCAGUACCUCCUCAUGAACCAAGGUUGUACAGCAGGUAUCUGGACCCGUCUCUAGCUUCCAUGAUGAUAAAAGGGGUGGAAAAGGUUCCAUCUGAACCAACAUUCAACUUUGGAAGCUUUGUUCUAAACAGAAUGAACCUGGGUCUGUUAGCAAUCGGAACAGAUGAUGAUGAUGCAAUUGUAAUUUCUAAUACCACUAUUCACAAUGAUAACAGCUUGGAAUACGAAAACAGCUUGGAAUCUGAGAACAGCAAUGACAGCCUUGAACGCAGAAGAAAGAAGCCACCAAAGAAGAUUUGGAAGAACAGCAAUGAUUGUGGAGUAGGGGAUAGAAUUAUUGGAGGAGAUGUUGGUACUGCAGGAGAAUUCCCUUGGCUUGUGGCACUCAAACUCAGCUGGGGAUAUCAGUUUUGUGGAGGAUCUCUGAUACACCCUGAGUGGAUUCUAACAGCAGCACAUUGCGUCUCUUGGGGCAGAGAUGUCCUAAGCAUCAAAAUUGCUUUGGGGGAUUUUGAUCUCAAGAGUUCUACCGAAACAGCUAGCAUCGAACGUGGAGUAUCAAAAAUCAAGAUUCACAUAAAGUACAGUGAAGUAACUACUGAUUAUGAUAUUGCUCUGAUCAAGCUUGAUAAACCUGUUGAUAUUGUUCCCAAUCUCAUCUCUACAAUCUGCUUGCCUAAUCCUAAAGAGGACUUUACUGGCGCUUCAGCAACAGUUGCAGGAUGGGGUUAUAUCAAGACAGGAGGGCCAGGCAGUGAUGUUAUGAAACAUGUUGACGUCGAGAUUAUACCAAGAGCUGAAUGUCAGAAGAGCUAUGGGCGGGAUUCUAUAACAUCAAAUAUGAUCUGUGCUGGGUAUCCAGGAGGAAAUAGAGAUGCUUGUCAGGGUGACAGUGGUGGCCCGCUAUUCAUAUCUGGAUCUGCAAGAACAGUACAGAUUGGAAUAGUAUCCUGGGGCCGGGGGUGUGGAUUAGCUGAGUAUCCUGGGAUCUACACAAACAUUGCUAAUCUACUAGACUGGGUUGGUAGACACUCACAGGACUAGGCUACACAUGUACACUGUACACCACAGAACUUUUACUGUACAUGCGUUUGAGAUGCGCUUAAAUAACUAUUGUACAAACAUCUAAAUUUAAAUCAAGAAAUGUCAUAGAGAAUAGAAUAUAUAGAGAGGAAUUUACUAGAAAAAAGUGUAAA